CGCGACGGCAGCGUGGGAGAGACGAGAGCGAGAGCGCGCAAAAUGACCACCAUGGGGUCUUGUACAUUUGCUCUAUUGACACUUUUCUCCUCACUUUACAGCGUUUUGGCGCUGGCGCCUGAAGGCGCGUGUCUCCUUGAAGUGGACGAGGGACCCUGCAGAGGGGAGAUUGAGCGCUAUUACUACAACACAAUCACCCAGAAGUGCGAGAUUUUCUACUAUGGAGGGUGCCAGGGCAACGCCAACAACUUCAGGAGUUACCCGGAGUGUCAGAAAACAUGCUUCAGAAUCCCAAAGAUUCCCCAAAUCUGCAGGUUCCCCAAACAGGAAGGACCAUGCCGUGCCCUUUUCCGUCGCUAUUUCUUCAACAUGAGCACAAUGCAGUGCGAGUCCUUUUAUUAUGGAGGCUGUCAGGGCAACUCCAAUCGCUUCCAAGACCACGCGUCUUGCAUGGAGUACUGCAGUCCACGAAAAACUGUGCCUGUGCUCUGCCUCGACCCGCUGGAUAAAGGCAGUUGUUCAGCCUCCAUACCCCGUUACUACUACAACAAGGCCACCAAGAAGUGCGAGGAGUUCGUCUACUCGGGCUGCGGCGGGAGCAGCAACAACUUUGUCUCGAGGCAGAGCUGCGCGAACACGUGUGUCAAAGGGAGGAAAAAGCACACAGGCCAAGGAAAGGUUCGUCGCGUGAGACCGAAUAGAAACAAUCACAUGUUUUUUGCAAGUGUCUGACAUUUUGUUCUCACAGACGCUCCCUUGGAUAAAGCCUUAAAUCGAGGAAACAAUCACGUGUCUUUGUUUAUGCCAAAAAUCCUCACCAGGUUGACUGUGUUGUCACCGAUGGAGCCUUUAACAAAGAGUCUUGUAAAGUCAAAAGCAACUGUUCAAAUGUGUUAAUACUGCUGCACUGAAUGUUCACGAGUGUGUAUUUUGAUACUGUAUGUUUGUAAUGUAUGUUUUGUAUGGCAGGACAACUAUGACACCCUGUGUUAUAAGCUCACCUUGGACAGCACAUCAUUUUUCUCAUUUUUUGCACUUUUAAGCUGCUGCUGCUGCUGCUGCCAAUAAAUAACCGUAUGAUGUGAUAUUUUCGUGAUUUUAACUAAAAUCACGGGGGUGUUUAUUACAACUUCCUCCCAUGCAGUGUAUGCAUAUUAAGGAAAGCUUUAUCUCUGCAGUGAUAAAAGACUGCUAUGAAGUAUAUUUACUGUGACGUGUUUAUUCAAAUGGUGUCCAGAUGCAUUUUAUCUUGUACAUUAAAAAAAAAAAAAAAAGUGCUGAUCGGAAA